GGUACCGCGUCCCGCCUCCAGGGGGCGCCGCCGGGGGCGGCCUCCCGGAGGGGCCGGUGAGUCUGGGCUGGAGAUUUCCGCUCGGCGGCCUGGCCCGUGCUUCCCAGGGCGCCGCUCCGCAGCAGAACUGGGAACUCUGCUCAGAACACUCUCAACUGUACCUCACCUCUUGAUAUAUGUACAUUCUACCAACACUGCCCGCCCUCAGCUCCUGACGAUGGAGCAAAGCCUGGAAGGAAGAGAAACGCGAGGCCUCUGCCCGACGGCCGACGUGUUCGUGUACGGGACCCUGAAGCGGGGCCAGCCCAACCACAAGGUCCUGCUGGACGGCGCCAAUGGACGGGCCACCUUCCGGGGCCGCGGCCGCACGGAGGAGCCGUACCCGCUGGUGAUCGCCGGGGAGCACAACAUCCCGCGGCUGCUGCACCUGCCGGGGCGAGGCCUCCGCGUGGCCGGGGAGAUCUACGCCGUGGACGAGCAGAUGCUGCGCUUCCUCGAUGAGUUCGAGGGCUGCCCCGACAUGUACCAGCGCGUGCGGGUGCGCGUGGCGCUGCUGGAGGGGGAGGCCUCCGGGGAGCCGCCCGCCGCCGGGAGCAGCCGGCAGUGCUUCGUGUACAGCACGGCCACCUUCCCGCCCGACUGGGCCCAGCUCCCCCACCUCGACGAUUACGACUCGCAGGGGCCGCACGGGCUCCGCUACAACCCAAGGGAAAACAGAUGACCGCCCGAGGAAUGCCCUCCAGCCAGGGCACAGACACACGGAGCCCCGAGGAUGGCGAGAUCACCUCACUCGGUCUGCGCGCACCCAAUGCAAAAGCCUAAUGAUGUCCUUUGCAACAAAUAUUUGUGAAACUCAAUCCUGUGGAGAAAGACAUACUCUUUUUUAGUGCCAGCCAAUUUCCUAGAUAGUUUUGACAGACCAGUAAUAGGAUUGCGCCCUGAAAUCUGUCCAUCCACUACUGCUUUAUGGCUUGCUGCUUCAAGAGCAUUAGGUGUCUGAAUGUACUGGGUAAGAAAAAUUUAGGCUUUUAAUUCCCCUAACUGGCAUUUCAGGAACUCAUAUGUUAUCAUCCCUUUCUUUCUUCUUUGUCUGCUUUGCUUUAAUCUGACGAUGACAUUUAAAAUGAAUGUGAAGACUUUGUGUUGCAGCUAGAUUUUAGCAGCCCCACUCUUAUUGAUUCUGACCUGCAUAGCACUGAGGGAAAAAAAAAAUGCUGAGCUGAUCUUGGAUGUCUCGGUGUAAUAAAUAAUAAAAGAAACUCAAGAAAA